AUGUAUGCUAAGGUCGAAAGCGAACGCUUGCGAUUCCUUCGAUUCAACCAGGCAAAACUACGAUCGGAAGAAUAUAUUCACCUACGAGAUACUGUCGCUGGAAAUAUCGAUGGAAAUUUAAAUCCCAAUGACAUCGGUAAUGCUUUCAUUUUACCUUCAAGCUACAUCGGCAGUCCACGGAACAUGCAAGAAUACAUACAAGAUGCGAUGAAUUACUGGCAAAAGCGAGGUUUGCCUCUUGCCUACACUUUGGUUUGGCUUAAAGAUAGAAUCCGUCCUGAAGAAAUCGAUCAAAUAAUUUCAGCCGAAAUUCCAGACCCAUUAAUUGAUCAAGAAUUAUUUGAUAUUGUCACCAAACACAUGAUCCAUGGGCCAUGCGGUGCUUUCAACAUGACGUCACCGUGCAUGGAAAAUGGAAAAUGUAAAAAAAACUUCCCAAAGCCGCAUACGAAUGACACGAUCACGGAUAUUGAUGGUUAUCCAAUGUAUCGCCGCAGAAGUACUGAGAAUGGUGGCCACACAUUUACAAUGCGACUGCCGAACUUUCCAAAUCAAGUUGAGUUUGAUAAUCAGUGGGUGGUACCAUACUCACCACUACUUUCAAAAACUUACAAAGCUCAUAUCAAUGUUGAGCUUUGCAGUUCUGUUAAAUCAAUUAAGUAUAUUUGUAAAUAUAUAAAAAAAGGCAGUGAUUUGGCCAUAUUUGAAGUACAAAACAUAAAUAAAAAUGACGAAAUAGCACGAUACCAAAUGGGCAGAUACAUUAGCAGCAAUGAAGCUAUUUGGCAUAUUCUCAGCUUUCCCAUCCACGAAAGAGAUCCUGCUAUCCAACAUCUGGCAAUACAUCUUGAAAACGGUCAACGUGUAUACUUCACUGGAGAAAAUGUUCUCCAAAGAGCGUUCCAAGCUCCGAAAACGACUCUAACUGAAUUUUUUACAUUGUGUCAAAAACCUGAUGUUUUUGGCCAAUUCGCGAAGACAUUGGUGUAUGGCGAUGUUCCACGUUAUUUCACAUGGAACAAAUCCAGCAUAUUCAAAGCUAAGACAUUGGGGAGACUUUACACGGUACAUCCAAAGCAACUUAAUGGUGGAGUAUUCAAUACAUACCAGGAUGCAUGUCGUAAACUGCAAUUGCUAGAAGACGAUAACCAUUGGGACUUAACGCUUGCUGAUGCUGCGUUGACAUCAACACCGAAUAACAUUCGUCAGUUGUUUGCAAUUAUUUUGACGACAUGUUAUCCCUCGCAAGCACAAACUUUGUGGGAAAAAUAUAAAAAUUCCGCCGACUUACAAUUAGUCAAUACCGAUUUACAACGAGAAAAUCAAUAUGACCAUGGAAGUUUAGCAACAAUUAUCAUGAACAGUGAACCAUUACUGACAGCAGAACAAAAAAUUAUUUAUGAUCGGAUUAUGCUGGCUGUUGCUGCUGAACAAGGCGGUUUUUUUUUCUUGGAUGCACCCGGUGGAACCGGUAAGACAUUUUUAAUAACGUUGAUUCUUGCCAAAAUACGGUCGCAACAAAAAAUCGCAUUAGCAGUAGCAUCGUCAGGCAUUGCGGCUACUUUACUGGAUGGUGGGCGAACAGCACAUUCAACAUUCAAGCAGCCAUUGGACGUUCAUAAUAAACCAGACGCAAUGUGUAACAUCAAAAAGAAUAGUGGAAUAGCUGCAGUGUUGCGGAAGAGUUUUAUAAUAAUUUGGGAUGAGUGCACAAUGGCACUCAAAUAUUCACUUGGAGCAUUAAACAGAACUAUGCAAGAUUUAAAAAGCAAUAAUAAACUUUUCGGUGGUGCUAUCUUACUUUUGUCUGGUGACUUCCGGCAGACCUUACCGGUUAUACCUCGCUCUACUUUCGCGGAUGAGAUUAAUGCAUGUUUGAAACAAUCAUUCUUAUGGCAAAGUGUUGAAACACUUCGAUUGACCAUAAAUAUGCGAGGACAAUUGCAAAAUGAUCCAUCAGCACAAAUAUUUUCCGAACAACUACUAGAUAUUGGGAACGGUAAAAUAGAACUGCAACCAAAUACGCAAUGCAUCAAACUACCAGACAAUUUUUGCACUGUUGUUCAGGAUAAAAAUGAAUUGAUUCUGAGUAUUUUCCCGGAUAUACAGAAUAAUUAUUUGAAUCAUGAAUGGCUUAGUCAACGGGCGAUUUUGGCAGCCAAAAACGUUGAUGUUGACGAAAUUAACUUCCAGAUACAACAGUUGUUACCAGGCGAUCUGAUGUCUUUUAAAUCAAUCGAUACUGUUGUUGAUGAAAAUGAAAGUGUAAAUUUUCCGAUUGAAUUUUUAAGUUCAUUAGAUAUCCCUGGAAUGCCACCACAUAAUCUUCGAUUAAAGAUUGGUUACCCUAUUAUUCCCCUCCGUAAUUUGAAUCCACCUCAAUUAUGUAACGGUACGCGUUUGGUCAUCAAAAAGAUCACCGGAAACAUUCUUGAAGCAAUCAUUUUGGCUGGGAAGUUUAAAGGAAAAGUGGUCCUGCUGCCACGUAUUCCGAUGAUACCAUCAGAUUCUACCAUACCCUUCAAAAGGCUACAGUUUCCAAUUCGUUUAGCUUUCGCCGUGUCUAUAAAUAAAUCUCAAGGUCAAACAAUGUCCAUUUGUGGUUUAGAUUUGGAAAAUCCAUGUUUUUCUCAUGGGCAACUAUAUGUUGCGUGUUCACGUGUUGGGAAACCGUCGAAUCUAUUUGUGUUAGCUAAAGACAGGUUAACCAAAAACAUUGUGCACCGAUUAGUGUUAAAUUAA